AUGCAAGAGGAAGUGAAAGUACCUGUGGCACCGGAAGCCGCUCCAAAGCUGAACGUCUCUCGUCGCUUGUCCAGCAAGUCCAGCUUCAAAGGAGCCAACAGUCCCAUCCCGAGCCUUCGUCACGUUCUUGAGGAGGAGGGAGAAGAUGAUCUCCACGACGAACAUGCCAAGAGCGACGCCCGCAGUGAGUUUGAGUACUCAAUGAGAGAUAGUCUGAGGUUCCUCAAGAGCAUUGAGAUCCAGGAAAAGGAGGAAUUGGUGAGUUUGCUGUGGGCAUCGAUUGGCGGGAGCACCGGAUUCGACGAUGAUUCGGUCUUGAGCACUGCUUUGUCCAUUGCGUCUGCAGCUGCCGCCGGUUCGACCAGUGGGGCCGAAGACGGCUCAGGUUGUGCCAACAACAACAACAAGUCAGUCUUCCCUCCAGCUGCACUUAACAAGAACCAAGACUCUGGCACUUGUUUUCAUCAUGGACUUGAUAAGGAUGAACUCAUCCUCAUGGUUUCUACCUUGAUGAAGCAAGAAUCCUUUACGGAGUUGCUCUAUGAUAAGAAGUCGGCCAAGCGAAGGCCCUCUACAGGCGCUUGCAGUCACUGCACCUAUGGAAGCCAAGCUAACAAGAGCCGAGCUUCCAACGUCAUGCCAUCACUAUCGGAAUGCAGCAGCAUGCCCGAAACUCUCAGCACCGGCAACCCACAAACGACUUACACCGGCGGGUCGUGCACUGCCGCGUCUAGCUUGCCGAAAGACACCACGCCGGUGGCUUGCAUCAACAAGAACCAGCUCUUUGCCUUCCGCAAGGAAAUGCAACGUAAUUGUUCCGACCGAGUUCCUCAACCACCCUCUCGGAGAAGAGCAGCGGAGAGUGUGUCGUUCUUGGAGGAAGAGGACGAGGAAAAAGACAAGUUGCGAAAGAAACUGCAACGAGCCUGUGCCGACCGAGUUCCUCUACGCCCUAGGCGCCGAAGAGCCUCGUAUGCAGACUGCGAGCAAGACAACCAAAGCAGGGGCACCAGCACCGCCAUUUGGAUCAAUUCUCCAAGUAUCCCACGUACGCCUCGCAUACCAGAGAUGCGAUCUUGUGCCGACAGUCUCCCUCAUCAGCCUCCUCUGCGGGCAACGCUUCGUUGCGACGCCGAGCCGCUACACUUUUCGAAAGCCUUUACAGAUGACGAAGACGAUGUAGACUUUCCCGAGCCAGUAGCUCGUUCCAAAAAGCCAAAGGCGUGUCCCGUUUCGAGAUUCUUUGUCCGCCUGUGGAAGCUCUCCAAGAAGGCCGUGUUUGUUGUUGUCAAGCCCAAACCACAAAAACAAAGCGAGUUGCACAGCAAACUACAAGAUUCGGUUCCAACCAUUGCUUCUCAGACCUGCUAUGAUGAGUCUUCAUCACAUCCAUUAUGCACCUCCUUCGUUCGUGACCAACAAUCAUUGCGUGGUGUUAUCCAACCGCAGGAGAAGAAAAAAGUGGGCAAGCUUGUGUUUGAUGACAGUUCCACAGUUGGUGGCAACAGCUGUGCUGCUGGUACCAUGGUUUCCUGCUAA